ACCUUAAAGUUGGCCGGCCGAAUACGGGCGGGCUGGUCCGCAGCACACCCCAGAAUUACUGAUUAGUACUAGUGUUAUUAUUAUUUUUUAUUUUUUCCUAUUUUUCGUCACAAUCAACGCCUCAUUUUUUUUGAAUAGGAUUUUGAAAUGAAGAAACUGCUAGUAGUUUUGAUACAUUAUUUUUUCAUUCAACAUGUUAAUUCAGAUAUAAUUGGUGAACCGAAAAUUCGCUGUGCUCCAACUGGAAUAACGAUAAUGCUUGAAACUGAUAGUCCGUUUAAGGGCGCAUUAUUUCUGCGAGGAUCCGCUGAUAAGAAAUCUUGUAAAGCUAAUUUCUCUGCUCAGCCAAGUCAAAAUAUCAGCUUCGAGUUCGGUUUUGAUGAUUGUCCAAGCAGGAGAAAGAGACAGAUUGUUGCUCCACGUGGAAUGACAAUGUCUUCUGUCCUUGUAGUUUCUUAUCAUGGAUCUAUAAUCACUCAUCGUGAUGUGGCAUAUCAAAUCGAUUGCUUCUACCGGGAAGAAAACAGUCGUGUGGAAACAAUGCUCAGUGUGAAUGCCCCACAGCCACGAAUUUUGAGUGAUGAACCUAAACUUCCGACGUGUGAUUAUCGAGUUGAAGUAACUGGAGGAAAAGCUGUUGCAGGAGGAAUCGUCACGUCUUCACUAUCAGAAACAGCUUCUCAAAUAGCAAAUGUCGGUGAUUCAGUCAUUCAUAUUUGGACUUGCUCUGGAGAUGCUCCAAGUGAUGUCUACUGCAUCCAGGUGUACAGCUGCACUGCAGAAGAUGGAGGGUCCGACACUGUACAAGUUGUGGAUGAGAAUGGAUGUACAACCGACGGUGAACUGUUGUCACCAAUAAAAUACAAGGAAGGGUCUAUGAGAGCAGCGGCGAGCUCACACGCAUUCAAAUUUGUGGAUAACCAUAUUGUGUACUUCAAGUGCAAUAUUCGAAUUACUGUCAAGAAUCCUUCAGGAGAAUGUCCCGUCAACAACUGUUCUCCAAAUGGCUCCACUGGCUUAAUUUCCCGUAAAGCUCGUGACGUUUUUGAGCACCCUUUCUUAUUGCUCAAACAAAAAGUACUCCCUGUUUUUAACAAAGAAAUCAAUAUUUUGGUGACAUCAGGAGAACUGAUAAUUGAGGAAGAGCAAGCGAAAAAUCAUAUUUUGUCAAGCUAUCGACCUGAUAAGUAUUCCUAUAGAAAGCCUGAAAAAAUGGAGCAUCAUUGGACGAAGAGCUGCUCAUUUGGAAGCUACUCUGGAAUUUUAUUGUUUAUAAUUGUGCUCUUUAAUUUUUGAAUUUUUCUUUCGGUAUUGUCGGGUAUUCAAUUUUCAGCUUUUCUGUGUCUCUCGUGUAAUAAAUCUCUUGCAUUGAAUUAU